GUUGACAACCGCGGCUGCGCGAGUUCGCGCGUUCUGCUAGGCGUUUCUUCAUACAUUUUCUUUCCUUUCAUUCGCAAUUUAUUGGAUUUACCUACAGUGGGCUUGAUUAUGGAGUCUGGGGAUACAGCCACCGAAUCGCCCAAGUUAAAUGAACUAGCGGCGACGAUGUUUGAAAAGACGGGAGAGUACAUUCAAGCCGAACUUUCAUCUACACUGGACGAUUACAGGUUGACAGAAGAAAUGAACAAAGUGACCAUAACGAAGUACAGCGACAUGAAACAAAUUGCUGGCAAUAUCUCGAAAGCUCUCGAGGACCUCAACGAGAAAUAUCGGUGCCUAAAACCAUAUUUGGACCAAAUUGACCAAGUGGAGGACAGCGUUACUAAAUUGGAACAAGCAGCAUACAAGUUGGACGCCUAUUCCAAACGGCUUGGUGAGAAGCGAAGUUCAAAGUCCUCGAAAAACGGUGAAUGAGGUGGAAAGAAAACCUGCAGCUUUGGUUGCUGCUGUGACACAAGCAUACGGCUUCAUUUUGGAAGCUGCUCAUUGGACCUGCCGCGCAGGCGAAGCGCAGGGUCGUCCAGUAAAACCAGCUGCGUUGUAGUGGCUUUAUUGUAUGAUAAUAAAUGGUGCGGCCCGUUGCACUAGUCGCCGCGAAU